CUUCUCACCCAUUUAUUCAUGCAUGUUCUCAUUUAUAAUUUUUUUUCUUUUCUUCUUCAAAGAAAAAAGAGGCCAUUUUAAUUAGAUUUCCUUCUACGAAUGCUUUGUUUGCAUGAAAACGAAAAAGUUUAGAGUUGUUAGAGACGAUUUCACCAUCGAAAGAUGGGUCGUGUUAAACUCGAGAUCAAAAGAAUAGAGAAUACAACAAAUCGACAAGUUACAUUCUCUAAACGUAGAAAUGGUCUCAUUAAGAAAGCUUAUGAGUUAUCUAUCCUAUGUGAUAUUGAUAUUGCACUUAUAAUGUUUUCUCCAUCAAAUCGUCUUAGUCAUUUUUCCGGUAAAAGAAGGAUAGAGGAUGUUUUAACUCGUUAUAUUAAUCUUCCUGAUCAAGAAAGAGAUAAUGCUGUAAGUUUUCCUGAGGUACCAUACAGAAGGGGUAUUCAAAAUAAGGAGUUUUUGCUCAGGACACUUCAACAGUUGAGGAGUGAAAAUGACAUAGCUCUUCAUAUGUCCAAUCCGGGAGACAUUAACUCUGAGAUUGAGGAACUCCAACAAGAAGUAAGUAGGUUACAACAACAACUUCAAAUGGCAGAGGAGCAGAUAAGGAUAUACGAACCCGACCCAUUAAAGAUGACAUCUAUGGCAGAGCUUGAAACCAGUGAAAAAAAUGUAGUAGAAAUAUUGGCACGUGUCAUGCAGAGAAAGGAACUUUUGUUGAAUAAUCAUCUAUCUUCGUAUGAUCCAUCUGGUAUUCAGGGAAUGCCAAACACUUUCGAAAAUGUAGGAUGGCUGCAAGAUGGUAGUCAGAACCAUCAAAAUAUUUUUGAUGCAUCAGCUCCUAUGGAUCCUCUCAGGGAUUUGUCCUCUACUGUGUACGGUUCAUUUUCACAAGGAACAAGUUCAAAUGUUGAUCCAAGAGCUAUAGGUGAAUGCCACGUGGCAAAUCCAAAUGAUGCAAAUCUUCAAGCAUGGCCACAAGGAUACACAUUAUAUCCUCAUCAUCAACAACCUCAACAACAUCAACAACAACAUCAACAUCAACAUCAUCAUAUUCAACAUGACAUGGUUGGAACUGAUCAUCAUCAACAACAUCAUCAUCACCAUAAUCUUCAAGAUAUGAUGCCACAUGGACAAAUCAACAUGCCCAUCACUGCCUCACAAGUUGAACCACCAAAAAAUGAAUCAACAGAUCAAUAUGAUCAAUGUAAACAACCUAAUCAUCAGCUUAAUUCAUGCUCAAUGACACAUACUAAUUAAUAUAUGCUAGCAAGAUCAAGAAGCCAAUUAAUUCUCUUUUCUUCUUUCUAAUUUCUUUUUUUCUUUUUUUUACUAAUUUGAUGUUAACCAGCUACAAAUUUUCAUAUUAGCUGGGUAAUAUAUCUGUAAGAUAAUCACCUAUAAUGUGCAUAGAAACUAUACUUACUAUCGUA